CGCCCCCCAGUAGCCUCGCCCCGUCCCCGCCCUUCGGGCUGGCUCGGCCCUCAGCUCCCGGCUGUCCACCGCAGCUGGCCUGUCCAAGAUGGAGGGCUCUCCACCCGCGCCGUUUGCCCUCCGGCUGCUCCUGCUCGCGGCGCUGCCGGCCGCCGGGUGGCUGAUGACCGUUACCCAUGAGCUGCCCCUGCCGCCCCGAGCCCCGAAGGAGGAGUGGAUCUUUGAGCGUGGCAGGACCGGCCGCACCAGCAUCCCCUGGGAAACUGCUGGAAACGCACUAAUCCGAGGCUCUGGGGGUGAGGCCCAACAGUUUAAGGACAGCCUCAGAAUUAAUGUAACUACCCUGAAAGAUGAUGGGGCUGUAUCUACAGAACAGGUUAUUCUUAACAUAACCUACGAGAGUGGACAGGUAUAUGUAAAUGACUUGCCUGUCAAUAGUGGUGUAACCCGAAUAAGCUGUCAGACUUGGAUAGUGAAGAAUGAAAAUCUGGAAAAUUUGGAGGAAAAAGAAUAUUUUGGAAUUGUCAGUGUAAGGAUUUUAGUUCAUGAGUGGCCUAUGACGUCUGGUUCCAGUUUGCAACUAAUUGUCAUUCAAGAAGAGGUAGUAGAGAUCGAUGGAAAACAAGCUCAACAAAAGAAUGUUACUGAAAUUGAUAUUUUAGUUAAGAACCAGGGAAUACUCAGACAUUCAAGCUAUACCCUACCUUUGGAGGAAAGCAUGCUGUAUUCUCUUUCCCGAGACAGUGACAUUUUAUUUACCCUUCCUAACCUCUCCAAAAAAGUAGAAAGUGUUAGUUCAUUGCAGACCACCAGCCAGUAUCUUAUCAGGAAUGUGGAAACCACCGUAGAUGAAGAUGCUUUACCGGGCAAGUUACCUGAAACUCCUCUCAGGGCAGAGCCUCCAUCUACAUAUAAGGUGAUGUGUCAGUGGAUGGAGAAGUUCAGAAAAGAUCUGUGUAGAUUCUGGAGCAGUGUUUUUCCAGUGUUUUUUAUGUUUCUGAACGUCAUGGUGGUUGGAAUUCUAGGAGCAGCUGUGGUAAUAACCAUCUUAAAGGUGCUUUUCCCAGUUUGUGAAUACAAUAUCAAUCUAAAACGAUGUGGAUUUUAGAAGACUAGCAAGGUAUUUGGUGCGGCAUUGCUUGUAACAGCAAGCAGAAGAGGAAAGCUCCGAACCGUUUACCUGCGGGGGCUAAACUGACUACUGGUUUACACGCACAAUGGGAUUCUGUGCAGCUGAGAUGCGAAAAGUCCAAAAUCUAUUAGGUGGGGAAGAACAUUGCGUAACAGUAUGAUUUCAUUUGGGUAAAACAGAAGUAUUAUAUGUAUAUAAGUGCAUAGAACAUUUCUGGGAUGACAAAGUGAUCUCUAGUGAGUGGGAAUGAGAGCGGGGCAGAGAGACUGACUUUCACUUCUUCCCUUUCUGUACAGCUUGAUUUUUUUAACCUUAAGAAAUUAUUUUAUAAAUUUAAAAGUGAAUUUGUUGUUAGCAGUUUUACAAGUUAAACAGUCAGGGUCUCCUGGCUGGCUCAGUCGGUUGGAGCAUGCAACUCUUGAUUUUGAGGUGAGUUGGAGCCCCACGUUGGGGGGAAGAGUUUACUUAAAUAAAAAAAAGAAAGAAAGAAAAAUAAGUUAAAUAGUCAUUUUAGUCGUCUUAGUGGAAGUCAAUCUCAGUAGACUAGAGAUGACCACAAUUUUUGGCUUAAAUUAUAUUGUACUAUGUUGGAAAGCCCAUGGGAUUUACAGAAAAAAAGACCCAAUUUAAACAUUCACUUGUCCACUUGCUUGUCGUUAAGGUCUUCAAAGCUACCAUUUCUUUAUGUGUAACAUUGAACUAAUGCCUCCCUUAAGAGGGUUGCUAAAAGGCCAUAUUGCAAGCAAAGUGCCUGCAGAGUAAAGAAAUAUUAGUACCCCUCCCACCUUUUCAUUUGGUUUCCCUUGAAGAAUUCACAUUUCCCAUUUCUUUCUAAAACUGAAAAUUCUGGAACUUAGUAGUUUCUUUCUAUUCCUUUGACUGCCAGGAACCUCAGGACUUUUUUUGAAUUUUAUUAUGCAAACCUGCAUAGAAAACUGUGUUGCAGGGUUUUUUUUUAUUGUUCUUUUACCAAAUGUUUUGUUAUGGGCUUCUCUGUGGGAAAGACAAAAUGUAAAUUAAAAACCAGAUUUGCAGUAUACUGGGUUUUUUUUUUUAAGUUUAUUUAUUUGGAGAGAGAGAGAGAAUCCCAAGCACACUCUGCACUGUCAUCACAGAGCCUGACAUGGGGCUCGAACUCACCAAUGUGAGAUCAUUUCCUGAGCCAAAACCAAGGAGACACUCAACUGACUGAGCCGCCCAGGCACCCCUGAAGUGGACUUUUUAUCAAUGGCAGUUGUACUAAGGUAGUUUCUAGUAGUAAAAGAUUUCAUCAAUGCAGAAAUACAGAGAGCAGUUAAAAUACCUCUGCUUUUCCCUGUUCUUUAAUUCUUGUAACUAGGGGGAAUCAGUGUGCAUCUUUUAUCCAAAUUCUGUGUAUUGAUGUAAACAUAUGCUAAGGUAAUUAUAAUUGUUUAUUAUCUUAGACAGAGGUUCCUAAACUUUCUUAUUACAUAGCACUCUUAGUGUGCCAGUAACUUUUACCGGUGCCCCUAUCUAGGCCAGAAGAAAACUCUAAAAAUUUUUAUUUAAUUCUUAAUUUACAUACACACAUGUGCAUGUAUGUAAUUCUUAACUUACAUUUUCAAAUGGGAUGUAUGCGCCUGUAGGACGCUGCACAAAACUCUUAGACUGGACACUGCCACCCUAUUUCCUGUUCAACACUAGCUUUUGUACAGUAUUUGUUUUUUAUCAUAAUAACUGCCAAAGUCCCAACUGGGCAAAGAUCUGACGGCAUUGAAAGGACAGUGUAGUACAAUCUAAUGUUGGAACUGUGAACUCCCUCAAAAUGAAAUCGUGAAACUUAGUAAUAGUCUGCAGUGCCGCCCCAGCAUUCCCUUUGCAUCUGGGAACGUGGGCUUAAGGUCUUUUCCUGUCCACACUUAGAUAUGCUUCUUGAUUCUCCUUAUGGCUGCACAGUGUUUUACGUGUGGAUAUGCCAUAACUUAACCAUUCCUCCACUAGACCCUCCAGGAACUUCCAAGUUCAUGUUAUUUCCAGUAACGCCCUAGUGUACAUCUUAAAUGUACAUACAUCUCUUUGCACGUGUGUAUUGAAUGUAGAAUAGAUUCCUCAAAGUGAAUUUACUGGGUCAAAGAAUGUAUGUAUUUAAUAUCUUGCCAACACUUGACAGCAAUGUUUUGUUUUUGCCACUGGGGACAAAAAUAUAAUCUCAUUUUAAUUAAUUCGCACUUUCUUCUUACUAGCAUCCUUGCGAGCCCAGGUCUGGCCGAGUCUAGCAUCUCUGUGACAGCUGGCUGGCUCUUUCUCCUGUGACAUGCCUGUUCAUAGCCUUUGUCCAUUUUUCAGUUGUGUUGCCUUUUGUAAUCAUUAGUAUAUUGGAGCUCCUUUGUUUGUUAUACACACAUAGUAUCUUUUCCAUUUUUUUUUUUUUAAUCCCAGACUGCGAUUUGUCUUUUGCUGUCAAUUCUAGUAUCAUACAAGAAUUUUAAAUUUGGGGGCUCCUGGGUGGCUCAAUCAGUUAAGUGUCUGAUUCUUGAUCUCAGCUCAGGUCUUAAUCUCGGGGUCGUGAGCUGAAGCCCGAUCGGGCUCUGCCCUGGGUAUAAAGCCUCCUUAGAAAAAAAAGGAAAAGAAAAAAGUUUAAGUUUGGGGUUAGAGCAAAGUCCUUUGUGGCUUUUAAGGGUUUUAAAUUUUUCUUAAGUAGACCUUUUCCCUUCUUAAAAUUAUUUAAGUGUCAUCUUCAAACUCUUUUUACCAGCACUUGGGUACAGAUGAGGGCAGAAUUCUGAUUUUUUGUUUUCCAGAGAGGCUACUGUUCCAGCUGUAAUUUGCCCACUGAAUCGGAAUGUUACCUUAUUAUGAACUAAAUUCCUGCACAUAUUAGCCUUAUUUCUCCUGCUUUGUCAAGCACUGUGCCAGCGGCAGAGUUCUGAUUCCUAUACUGCAUUAAUAAAACCAGCAACCGUCUCUUCCCCCCGUUGUUCUUUUUAAAAAAAUUGUUACAACUAUUCUUGCAGUUUCUCCCUCAUGCUCAGCUUGAUGAGUUCCAUAAAUAACUUCAGUUGCCAUCUCAAUUAGGAUAACACUGAACUUGCAAAAGAGGUCUUGGAUACAAUCCAGAGAUCUCCUCCCUGGUCAGGUACUUUGGGGAAAAAAGGGAAAAUGCUGUCUAAAUAUCUAAGGUUGCAGGGCGUCUGGGUGGCUCAGUCGGUUGAGCGUCCGACUUCGGCUCAGGUCAUGAUCUUGCAGUUUGUGAGUUCAAGCCCUGCGUCGGGCUCUGUGCUGACGCCUCGGAGCCUGGAGCCUGCUUCGGAUUCUGUGUCUCCCUCUCUCUCUGCCCCUCCCCCACUCACACUCUGUCUCUCUCUCUUUCAAAAACAAAUAAACAUUAAAAAAUAAAUAUCUAUCUAUCUAUCUAAGGUUGCAUCCCAGUGGUGAGUACCAGUUAGAAAGCUGCUUGGGCCUGGUCUUUUAGACCAACUUGUGCAAAUCUGGGCUUCUGUCUGCCUUGGAGAUCUGUACUUACCCAGUCCUUUCCCUACUUACAGUGUAAGUAAGGAACUUCCUCUUACACCUUCUGUUCGCUCAGCUUGGUUAAAGCAAACUUUGGACUCAGAGCUUGUCCAACUAUUAUAAACUAAAUAAAAUGAAGCAAAAGCACUUAACCCCAGGGUAUAUAUUUCAUUAUAACCUUAAAGUAGGCCUUUCUUACUACCAAACUGUAGACGGGGAAAUGUUUAAUUUUGAUUUUUAUAUUUCAGAGGAAUUCUUCAAUUGGAUACAGCAAAUGUUAUACCUGUGACAGCUAUCAACUUAUUUCCAGAUGAUACUGAGAAAAGAGCAAAAAACCCU